CAGCAUAAAUUCUGAUUUCUCAUUUGCUCGUUUUCUGGACGCGCACACACACUCUCCGGCGGCAACAUCCCCCGUCUCCGCCGAAUAGAAGCUAGGGUUUCAGAGAUCGCCGCAUAUCUCCUCUCCCUCCUCGACUCCUUAUAUAAAACCUAGUCAGAAAAGGGAAAAAGGGAAGUGAGGCAGAAAUGAUGGAUUAUGGGGCAGCCGAACAAGUAGGCGCCGUGUUUUACGGCGACGAUCAAGAGGAAGAUGAACUUCAGUAUGAGGAAGAAAACCAAACACAGCACUAUUCAGUAGCUGGAGGAGAUCCGGGAUUGCCCCGCCCAACUCUCUGCUUUGAUGAUAGCGCUCCAAACCAAGAACUGAAGCAUUCAACCGAUGAUUCCUCUUGUUCAGCUGGAAAGCUCUUUGUUGGAGGAAUUGCUUGGGAAACGUCCGAAGAAACUUUUAGCAGGUACUUCAGCAAAUAUGGAGAACUAAUUGAUUCUAUAAUAAUGAUGGAUAAGUUAUCGGGAAGACCGCGAGGUUUUGGAUUUGUUACAUUUGUUGACGCAGAGGUUGCAAACAGGGUUCUAAAAGAAGAACAUGUAAUAGAUGGUCGAGUGGUGGAAGUAAAGAGGACUGUACCUAGGGAGGACAUGCCACUUAGAGGAGGCUCUAAAACAAAGAAAAUAUUUAUUGGUGGUAUUCCACUCUCUCUAAAUGAAGAUGGAUUGAAGGAAUAUUUCUCAUCAUAUGGCAAUAUUAUCGAGUGUCAAAUUAUGGUUGAUCACAAUACUGGUCGGCCCAGGGGCUUUGGUUUCAUAACGUUUGAUAAUGAAGCUGCUGUUGAAAAGGCUCUAUCUGAUGGGCACAUGCAUGAAAUUAGUGGAAAACAAGUUGAAAUUAAGAGGGCCGAGCCUAAAGGAGCUGGUGGUAAUCAUCCAAGUGAGAGUAGAACACGUCGUGGUGGGAAUAGUUCAAAAUCAUAUGGCAAUUUUAACAAUGUCACAGAGGAAUAUGGCAUUGGGUAUGGUGGAAAAAUGGGAAAUGCUUACGGUGGGUAUGGAGGCUAUGGUGCUUAUGGAAACUAUGUGGGGAAUUAUGGAAUGAACUCUGCAGGAAUGUAUGGUGCAUAUGGAGGAUAUGGGUAUGGGUUUGGAUUUGGUGGGGCUAUGUAUGGUGCUAUGGGAUAUGGAGGGAACCCCUAUGGGACUUCUGGUAAUUAUGCUGGCUCCAGUGGGUAUGCUGGUGGUAGUGGUAAGGGAUAUGGCAGUGGUGGUGAUGGCAGUUUUGGAAGUGGCAGGGGAGGAGGAUAUGGAAACAGUGGCGCUGGAGCAGGGAGGUUUCAUCCUUACAGGAAGUGAGAUAUUGGACCCUUUUUGACGUUUUUCUUCUUAUUUAUUUUAAUUGUGUUUUAGAUUAAAGUACUUUUGUUCUCAACAACUAACCAGUUGUGUAGAUGUAUUAGUUGUCUUGAUUGUUUCGUUAUAUACUGCAUUGUACCGUUGAACAAACCCAACUGCUUUGUUAGAUCCUUUGUGGUUUCUUGGAUUGGCAUAUUGUGGAGACCCCUAAUUCCUCAUUGCAGGUAUGUUAGGCAUCCCACAGAUAGUUGAGAGCAUGCAAUAUUCUCAUAGAAUUGUGUAUAGCCAACUCUGAGUCUUCUUUAGAACCAAUUCUUGUUGUAUUUAGAUACAUUAUUUCUGGUAGCUGACUGAAAAAAGAUGUAGCCUUUCUGGUGUUUGUGUUGGGUUCAUUCUGGCAGUGAAUCUGUGUUCUUG